GCUCGAGGUAUUUUCUAUUGUUGGCUGGAGUUGAUAAUACACACACAACGAGAUAAAAAAAAACUUCUUUCCAUUCCUUUUUCAUUUCUUUAUUCCCCUCCAAUUACCCGUAAUCUCUCUUCUUGUCCACUAUAUAUACACACACAUAUAUAUAAAUGGCAGUUGAAUCAGCACCAGCACCUGAGUAUACCUCUCUGUCGCCGUUGGCGGCAGCAGCAUACGAGCAUAUGGAAGCAACAGCGCGUUUGGUGCGCGUAGCACUGGCCCUGGAAUGGACCAUCUUUACUCGGUUCAUUGUGGGAGUGAUCUUGGCGACACUGUUGACGGUCAUCUAUCUGCUGUUUACUUUACGGAAUGCACGACAGCCUUUGGUCAUUUGGGAAAGACUUAAUAAGCCUAUUGUUAAGCUCUUUCGUCCCUGGAUCUUUGCUCAGUUGCUUGCAAACGCCGAUCCAUAUGCACAAUCGAUUGAUUUACGUGUAGCUACGUUCUCCAAGGGAUUCUGCACAGGAUUUAUGCGUGAUCAAAAGCGCAGCCGUAAUCCCUUCAGAAGCAUUCAUGCAACAGCCAUGGCUACGUUUGCGGAGACAAUUGGUGGACUUGCGUUGAUGAGCACGAUCGGACAAAAGGAUCGAGCCAUUCUAGUAUCACUUAAAAUGGAGUACAAGAAAAAGGCGCGUGGGCUGCUGACGGCGUCCUCCGACUUUACACCGCCGCCAUUUACUGCUGGACGACAAGAUAUCGUGACCGAAGUUGUCAUCAAGGAUCGCAUGCUGGACACGGUGGCGAUUGCUCACUUGGGCUGGGCUGUUGAUUCAAAGGAAACAUAGAAGAAAGAACAAUGAAAAGUAGCUGGAUCAUACGUACGUAUAUGCUAUCAUCAAGUAAAUAUUACUUUUACAGUUCAACUAACAAAGAAUGCUGCGUGCAUAUGUGCGAUGUGUUCGUGCGCAAAGGACGAAUAAAGUUUUCUUCGUCUACUGAGAACGAGA